AUGACAACAUCGGUCUCUGGGCCGAGAACCAACUCGGCCAGCAUGGACCCAGAGUUCAUGAUGUUCUUCCAACAGCGUAAUGAGAGAAUCGUCGACAUCAUUGAUGCUGCAAACGCUCAGGAUAUCCAUCUAGACAGACUUAUCAUCGUCAAUAGUCUGAUCAAUACUCCCGCUCCUACACCAGCUCCCCCCAACCACUACGCCUACAAAAUACAUCUUUCAAUCAGUUGGUAUACAGCCGACUUUUCGACAACGUUGCCCGACUUGGAGGCUUUGAAGUGCAGCUCACAUAUACAGACCUUUGUGAUAUAG